CUAGUUGGUGCUACCGAUAGCUUGAAAAAGAUUACAAAGUCAAAGGCAAAAAUGAAGAAUUAUUGAGAUGAUUGAGCCGUUUUUGUUGGUACUCUAUGCUUGGCGUUGAAAUGCCGUAAGGCAUCCGUGUGUUGUUGGAGAAAACACACCUGUUAAUGUUUUAUUUAUUCUGACAAGCGAAUGUCGCUAGCUUGUUUGCUAGCCAGGAAGAGUUGACAUCUCACUGUUGGCUUCAGGUUAGCUAACACAGUCAACAUAGGAGCUAAAAUAAAGAGAGCUCCAGAUGCGGCUAAAGGACCCCUUCUCUUUGAAAGCCGCCGAUAUGACUAAGCGGACUAAUAAACCAAGGAAACCUCGAGAUGAGGAGUCAUCAGAUGAAGUCAGUGGGUUGACUUGCCAGCAUGUGAGUAAGGCAGUGGACCUGAGCUCGGUGAAGAAGUCAGUGCUCUCCAGCGUGUGGUUGGUGUGCUCUGAUUGCCUGAAGGAGAGAACCAUGAUCGAUGGAGAGCCAGCAGCAUCCCAUGAUAUCCUGGUGUGUUUAAAGUGUGGAUUCCAGGGCUGUAACCAGUCAGCGAUCCAGCAUGCUGAAAAGCACCACCAAGCUUUCCAUCCAGAGUCUCACUGCAUCACCAUCAGCUUGAGCACAUGGAAAGCCUGGUGUUUUGAAUGUAAUGAGGAGCUCUCCACUCACUGCAACAAGAAAGCUUUGGCUCAGACCCUGGACUUUUUACAAAAGCACUCCAUCAAGGCGACUUCAGGAGCAUCACCUAAAAUCAUAAAGCUGCAAGAGGACCCAUCAGAUUAUACUGACCAGCCCAAAGGCAAGAGCCCAGCCAUCAACAGCACCUUGGUGCCUGUUAAAGGCAUCAAUAACCUCGGUAACACCUGCUUCUUCAACGCUGUCAUGCAGAACCUGUCUCAGACACACAUGCUCAUCGACCUCAUCCAGGAAGUGAAAGACAAAGGGCACAAACUGAGGAUCAGCCCCAGCGUCGAAACCAAUGUGAGUCCAUUGACAGUAACGCUGCCUGGUCCAGAGCCCCUGACUGCGGCCAUGUUUCUCUUCCUCCAGAGCAUGAAAGAACCAGGGAAAGGGCCGGUCAAUCCCAAAAUCCUGUUCAACCAGCUCUGCCAAAAGGCUCCGCGCUUCAAAGGUUACCAACAACAAGACAGCCAGGAGCUCCUGCACUACCUACUGGACUCCAUACGAGUAGAGGAAACUAAAAGGGUGAAAGCGGGAAUUCUGAAGGCUUUCAACAAUCCCACAGAAAAGACAGCAGAUGAGGAGACCAAACGCCAAGUCAAAGCAUAUGGAAAGGAAGGUGUGAAGAUGAACUUUGUUGACCGCAUUUUUGUGGGCGAGCUGACCAACACAAUUAUGUGUGAAGAGUGUGAGCACAUCUCCACAGUGAAGGAGGCUUUCAUAGACAUCUCUUUACCCAUCAUAGAGGAGAGGAUAUCAAAACCAUCCAACCCUGGUAGGCUGGGGAAGGGCAGCCGGGAGCAGGACACCCACAUGACUCACAGUGACCAGGUUUUUUCUGCAGCGCACUCUGUCAACAGAAACACCAGGAAGCUGAGUGGACAGAAGCAACAGAGCAGGAGGUCUUCGAGCUCUGUGGAGGAGAAGGGAGCAGGCUGCAGUGCGGAGCGGCCGGAGGAGGAGGGAGUAGCCGGUGGAUCAGCCCGUGGUGUCUCUGUUUGCAAGAUGGCCGCCGCCGGCAGCUUAUCAGAUGGCAGUGAAAGAGACUCAGGUGCUCAGGACAGCAGUAAUGACGCUGACAGCGAGGCCUCAGAGAGCGAGUGGGCCCCGCGCACCUCCUCCUCCAGCCACAGCCACGGGCACAUGUCCACCCCAUCGUCCACAUCCACCCUCACUCCAUCCCCUACACCCGUUACUGCCUCCUCCCCCUCGUCAUCCUCCUCCAUGAGGCAAAGUGGUGCCGUAGAGCAGCUCGUCACUGCUGUGUCUAAAGUCAACCUCGGGUUCACAUCUGGAGACUGCUCUCCUUCCACGCACUGUUCUCAGGAGGAGCAGGGAGAAACACGAGAUAACCUCCACCAUCAGCACCACCAGGGGGCCUUCCAGGCUCUGUCCCACAGUUACACACCCAGCUCCAAGGAGUGCUCCAUCCAGUCCUGCCUCCACCAGUUCACCUCAGUGGAACUGCUGAUGGGCAACAACAAGCUGCUGUGUGAGAGCUGCACUGAACGCAGACAGAAGCAGCUGCGCAAGAGCAGCUCAGCCGACAAGAAGGUGGAAAAGAUUUACACCAGCGCCAGGAAGCAAAUGCUGAUAUCUUCGCUGCCUCCUGUCAUCACACUGCAUCUUAAACGCUUCCAUCAGGCAGGGAUGAAUUUACGAAAAGUGAACCGCCAUGUUGACUUUCCCCUGAUCUUGGAUCUGGCUCCGUUCUGCUCGGCAUCCUGCAAGAACCUUGCAGCUGGUGAGCGUGUCCUCUACAGUCUGUAUGGGAUUGUCGAACACAGUGGCUCGAUGCGGGGGGGCCACUACACUGCAUAUGUAAAAGUGCGUGCUCCCCAGAGGAAAACAGAGCAGCACCACAGGAACCUGCCAGGUGCAAGGGAUGCCAGCAGCAGCCUCCAGGGCCAGUGGGUGUACAUCAGUGAUACCACCGUUCAGACGGUACCAGAGUCAAGGGUACUCAACUCUCAGGCAUACUUGCUCUUCUACGAGGAAAUGCUGUAAAGUGGCGAGCAGAGAUUUCUGUGUUUGCUUUGUAUUGUUUUUGUUACAUGCCUGUACUACUUUUCAUACUGUAUCUGUGAGUAGGUGGAGGGAAGAAAAGGGAAAGACUUCGCUGAGAACUCACAUCUUACAUGAAUUGAAUGGCAAUUGAGUCAUUUGCAAACAUAUUCUCAAUUAAAAUCGGCAUCUCUGAAUUUCUUAGAUUAUAGACUCUCCCCAAAAGUGAAGCCAAAAUGGCUGCAGUAAAGGUCAUAAACCUGCCCUCUAUGUGUUAGCAAAUAGGACAUGGGCUAAAGUAAAAACUCAAGUGUUCGUUUUUCUAAUAAAUUUCAUUGGAAUUAUUUAUUUGAUGCUAUAAAAGGGGGUUUUGAUGUCAUGAAUGACGACGAUGAUGUUUGUGCCAAUCAAUUUUCUCUCGAUCCAUGGCACUGCUUGCGAUUGGUCGCACAGCAGGAACUGGCUACUGCACAGACUCUGGCUCCAAAUGCUGUCGUCAUUACAAGAUAGCAGUGACUGAAGCCGGAUAUUUUGGCUUCAUUUUUGUACAGUGGGAGGAAGAGGAGACAAGUUGUCCGUCUUUAAACACAGACAGUGGUUCUCAACCAAGACAGUUCCGAAGUGCUAAAAGCUGCAGUUCAUCAAAUGUGCACUUGAGAUUGGCUUUAAAGCAGAGUGAAUCCUCAUAGACCCCCAUGUUAAAAUGCCCAACUUUACAGCAGAACUUAACAUGUUUACACCCUGGUACAAAAAAAACAGGUGCCGUCUCUUAGCUUAUUAUAACUUCCAUGACAACUGUACAAGGAGUGAAUUUUUUUAUAACUCUACAUGCUGUUAAGGCCCAAAGUCACACAUAAUUAAGGGCAGGGCCACAUGAGUGACAGGCUGUUUGUGGCACGUUAUUACAGUCUCUAAGUCAGAUCCACACCUCCCUUUUCUAACAUUUUUCAUGUCAAGAAACCCUAAACUGAAAACACAUUCAGUCGCAGGCUCCCACUUGAUAAGAUUUUGCUUCAGGGACCUCCAGCUGAAAAGAUUUUGGUCGCAAAUGAUUAAGACCAGGAUUUUUUUGGUUAUCAACUAUAGUUGUGCAGAAAAAAAAAAAAAACAUGAGAAAGUGAAACUUGACCGGUAAUCACUCUUACUUACAUAGGGCUAACGUCUAUAGUCAAUUAAGUGGCUAAAAUAAAACACCAACCCCCUGGAACUUACUCAAGGACCCCUGGGGGUCCGAGAACUCCUGUUUGAGAACCACUGGUCUGAGGUAUAUUAAAUACAAGUUAUUAUUUUCAGAUUUUCACUCUUGUUUCAAAAACCCUACCCUUUAAAUAGAGGUCAGGAGAAAAAAAUGUUACAGAACCUGAGCUGCUCAGUGUUCACCGUCAAUCUCUGUCACGAACACGUGCCUGAGAUGUUAAGUGCAUGGAGUUUUCUACAGUAACUAACAGGAGACAAGCAGACUUAUCGCAUGCUAAACUGCACUCAGCACUGACUAGUUGAUGUCAAGUGUAUGUGCAUGUGCACAUACACACGUAUGAGUGAAUGAGCGAGUGAGAGACAGGAGAAUGUAGAUUUAAGGUGCUAUGUGUAUCAUUUUCACACCAGUAAACCAUUGCCAGGUUAAAUUUGAGUUGGUAUUAUAACUAGUAUUGUUUAAACAGGUCAGCUUCUCAGUCAUUUUUUUCUGGUGAUGACAGAUGAUAUAUAUGGUAAGAAAUGCCAAGACAGAAAUGAUUUCAGACAUGUUUGUUCUUUUCAAUGAAGAGAAUCACACAUGAGCGAUAUCAUUCAUGACAGAGUCUAUGGAAAACAAGGGCGUACAUUUAAGAAACUCAAGCACUACUAAUACAGUACCAAUGGUAGAGCUGGACAAUAUGGAAAAGAUAAAAUUUCACGAUAUUUGUUGACCAAAUACCUUGAUGUGGAUAUUGCUGCAAUAUUGCAGGACUGACUGUUCUUGCUUUUGCAAAAUAUUUACCCAGUGAGAUUUUUGUUAAAUAAUCAUCAGUAAUGUGGAUAUAGUGUGGAAAUGGGUAAAGGAAAGUAAUAGAACAGUCUGGUAAGUUCAGAAAAUUACAUAACUUUACCGUAAUGCAGCCUUUAAAACCAGGAUAUCACAAAACUUAUGAUAUUAUGAUAUUCAAAAUCUGAGAUGAUACCUAGCUAAUAUCACAACAGUGUUUCCUACACGUUUUUGUGGGUCCGUGAGCACAGUGCAGGUGGAACUCAUCAUGGUUUCUUUUUUCAUAAGCAGCAGCUCAAGGAGUUUUGGUUGUGGGGGUAUAUAGUUGAUCUGUUAAAACAGUCAGGCUGAUGCAGCUGCCAAGAAGCUAGCGCAAUUAACUGUCAAGUUUUACUUUCACUGCGUCUGACAUUCUGCUGCUCCAUCUGUGUCCAGAGUACGCUCUGUGCUCUGAGAGUGUGGUGAAAUGAAAAAAUCAAGAUGUAUAUAUUUAUUUCAGUAGCACUCCUAAUGAUAGUGAUCAAUACGUGAUGGCAGUUGUCUUAAUCAUGAUAGACUGCCACAAAUGUGUGGGAAAUAUGUGAUAAUGUGUGGGAAACCCUGCAUGAUAUUGAUAUAAUAUCAAUAUAUUGCUCAGCUCUAACCAGUGGCGUAAAAUAGUUUCUAGUAAGCUUUUGCCCCAUUUAUUUAUGAUAAUAAUAAUAAACAAGCUUUGAUGGCUUAAAGUCGUUAUAUAUUAAGGUACUGGUUUAAAUUGUUACACAAAGCACCUUUAAAGAACAGCACAAUUAUUUUACAGCCUCCUGUGAAAGGAUUGUUUUACAGUAUUGAUUUUUUUUUUUACAUCCGAAUGUAUCAAUGUAAGACUAUCAGUGACAGCCAAAGACAAGUUUUGCAACUGCAAGUCAGAGCAGAAAAUCAAAAACCAAACCCACGAGAAGUUUACUACAUACAGUUCCUUUGACAUUUGUUCUUUCAAGGUCGUCAGCGUGGCUCUCGAGUGUCGUUGCACAAACAAACGCACUCAAUGUUUAUCAGACCAACAAAGCACCUUGUCUGCCUUCAUUAUAUUCCAGCUCUACUGUAACUGUGUAGGUACACUCACAAACCCAUUAAGAUAUUCAACAAAGAGUCAGUGCUGUGACAGACUGGCUUUUUAUCUAUGCUAUCAUUAAGGUUGAACUAUAACAAAAAAAGAAACAAACUCAAAGGCUUUAAAAAGCCUAACUAGAAAAAAAAAAACAUCUUUGCUGUAAAGUGCAUGGGUUAAUGUUCUAAUGAAUGUAUUGCCUAUUCUUGAAAUAUCUGUCAAAUGAGCUGUCCAUCUUUUUCUAUGAAAAUAUUUUAGAUGAAAACCUUUUUCUCGUUUCUUGGACAUUUGCCAAAACAAUAGAAAGGAAAUGUUUGAAUUUGUGCAUCAGAAUCUAGAGGUUUAUUAUUUUCUUUUUGAAACAAGGACAAAUUCAGUGCCUGUGCUUCGGGUUUCAGAAACCUGUGCGUGGUGAGAGGAAAAACAUACGCAGAGAGGAAUAUGUGUGGCAUAUUUAUGUACAGUAAGCAAGUUACUGUAAGCAAAAAUAAUAAGGAAUAUAUGUAACUGUACAUACUAGAGACAAUACAAAAUCAUGGUGCUUCAGGUGUGCAGGGUUUUAUCUCAAGACAGCAUUUUGUUUCCAGAAAAACAAUGAAUAUCCUUUAUGAAAUGAAAAAAAAUUUGGAAUGAGUAUACCUACAUCCUGUAUCAAAAUAAAUCUAAUUUAUGAACUGAA